AUGUCUGACGCUAUCAUCUCUUACGCCGCUUUCAUCUUAGCUGAUGCUGGUUUAGAUAUCACCAGUGAAAACCUAUUGUCUGUCACCAAAGCUGCUGGUGCCUCUGUCGAAAACGUCUGGGCUGAUGUUUACGCUAAGGCUUUAGAAGGUAAGGAUUUGAAAGAAAUCUUAUCUGGUUUCCACAAUGCUGGUCCAGCUGCUGGUGCUGCUGCUGCUUCCGGUGCUGCUGCUUCUGGUGAAGCUGCCACUGAAGCUGCUGCUGAAGAAGAAGCUGAAGAAGAAGAAUCUGAUGCUGACAUGGGUUUCGGUUUAUUCGAUUAA